AAAGUUUCCACUUCUCGAAGGCAACUACAUUUAUUGUGGCUCUCUGCCCCAACCAAGUCGUCAUCCUUUUGUCGCACGGCUGAGCACGACCUAUCUGAGAUCCCAACGAUGAUCGGAGCUUCAGAUGCCAUGGAUCAUGAUACGCUUUACGCACAAGAGAGUGCCGAGGAAUCCCUGGAUGAGUAUUAUGAUCGGCACUGUGAACAUCCGAGUACGAUUCCGAGAGCCCUUGGCAGGAUGUUCUAUUUGAUAUAAGCAUGAGGGCCAGGGAUUGCCUGGAUUUGUAUAAAAGCUCGAUCGAGGACAACCAAAUGAGGGAGUGACUACAAUUCCGAAUUCUCAAUCCCAUCCGGUGCCAAGGAAGUCAAGAUGAAGGAUCUCGUCGCAUUUUCUAUCUCGGCUCUAGCCAUCGCAGAGAGGGCGAUCGCAACUGCCCAAGUUGGUUCUUUGAUCACUACUCCUCUGGGCUCUUUUGAGCUCACUAAGGGAGCUGUAUGUGCUUGUUCAAAGCUCUCUCGAGCUUAUUCGGGGAUUAUCAGCCCCAAUGGUGCAAACUAUACGGCCCAAGCUGCGGACGCUUAUUGGGAUGUUCGAGCCAAUCUUUCUCCGGCCUGCAUCUUUUUACCGAGUACGGCGGAUGAAAUCUCCAAGGCCCUUGAUAUUUUCCGGACCUGUGAUGCACAGUUUGCAGUUCGUGGUGGUGGUCAUAUGAAUUAUCCAGGAUCGAACAGCAUCGACGGUGGAGUUCUACUAGCCCUUGAGAAACUUGACACUAUCAAAGUCAACGCUGAAUCUGUGGAAGUCGGGCCCGGCCUGACUUGGUACGAUGUCUAUGAAGCCCUCGAGCCUUACGGUCGUGUCACCAUUGGAGGACGUAUGAAAACAAUUGGUGUACCUGGCCUGAGCCUCAUCGGAGGAUUCCACUACUUUAACAAUAAGUAUGGUUACGCUAUGGACAACGUCCUCAGCUACGAUGUCAUCCUUGGAAAUGGAACACAGGUUGUGGCAAACAAAACAUCACACCCAGAUCUAUUCUGGGCACUGAAGGGAGGAGCCAACAACUAUGGCAUUGUGACCAAGUUUACAUUGAAGACCUACGCCAUUCCUAAAAUCAGCACCACUAUUCAGGUGUUCAACGAGAGUGGUAUUCCUGACUUCCUGGCUGCGGUUUGCAACAUUGCUAAGCUCGACGAGGAUGACCCUAUCGCAGCUGGCAUGGUUGCGACUGUGCAAUAUAAUGCCACCACUAAAGUUGCAUCGGCUUCGUUGCUCGGGGUUCAGGAAGGUAUCAGCAAGCCUCCAUCGCAGUUUGCGAACUUUUCUGCUAUCCCUGCUACGACUCGCAUCAACAACAUCACAACUAUGAGACAAUGGGCGUCUAGUCUAGACACCCCUAAACAACUGUUCCGUGUGAUGUUCUCUCACAAGACGAUGAAACCAGAUCAAGAGGUCCUCAUCUCAAUCUACAAGGCAUGGAAAGACGCCGUUGACGAAAUUGCGGACGUGGAGGGGCUUUACCCAACCUUCGUAACGAAUGUCGCCUCCGCAAGCGCUGCCCGGGUUGCUCUUACCAACGGCGUUGGGAAUGUCUGGGGACUGGAAGCAGAGCCAUAUAUUCUGUGGCAAUUCAGCACAGGAUGGGCCCUGGCGCAAGAUGAUCUUCGAAUUGAGGCCUGGUCGCGCCAAUUGAUUGAACGGCUCGAUGCGAUUAAUGUUGAGAAGGGAAUUGCUUCGGACUUUAUCUAUAUGGGCGAUGCGGGUGAAUGGCAGGAUCCUUUUGCAGGUUUCCCUGCUGAGAAUGUUGCGCGGAUGAGGGCGAUCAAGUCCUCGUAUGAUCCUCUGGGUGUUUUCUCCAGACUGAAUUGGGGAGGGUUCAAGUUGGGUGCAUAGAGGGGGCGAGAACAGUCAAUGCUUUGGGUUCAUUGAUUAGUGGCUGGUUAUACUAGCCCAGUGCAAAUACUGCAUGCAGUUGUUCUCAAGGCACGUGCCCUCGCCCUUCGCUUCUUCCAUAGCUCGCACGCAGAUAGCUCAAUACAGAAGACAUAGAUUAAUGCUUCAUUAUUCCUUCUUUCGGCAUCGCUGGGAGUAGAUCCUAUUCGAAGCGUAUUUUGAGUCGACCGACCUGCGUCUGUAGCUCAACCAAGGUUAAGACAAACAAAGAAGUGGAUGUUUCACAUCAUCAACCAUUACAGGAGAAACUGCG